CAGACGUGAUCAUUCAUCGACGCCUCUGCCAAAGAAGGUGGGAGGGGAGAAAAGGGAGAGGAAAGUUUUGGUGAGCUGGGAAAAGUUGGAGCCGGGGGCUGUGGUCGCUGGCCGGGGAAGAUGGACGCACUCAAGUCUGCGGGACGGGCGAUUAUUAGGAGCCCCAGUCUGGCCAAGCAGUCAUGGGGAAGCAGCAAGCAUAAAAAGCUUCCAGAAAAUUGGACUGAUACCAGAGAAACGUUGUUGGAAGGAAUGUUGUUUCACAUAAAGUAUUUGGGUAUGACCUUGGUAGAACAACCGAAAGGGGAAGAAUUAUCUGCAUCUGCAGUGAAGAGGAUUGUAGCAACAGCCAAAGCAGGCGGUAAGAAGCUACAAAAGGUUCUUCUAAAAGUUACUCCUAGAGGAAUAAUUCUUUAUGACAGUAUCACAAACCAACUAAUUGAGAAUGUGUCAAUUUACAGGAUAUCAUAUUGCACAGCUGAUAAGCUACAUGAUAAAGUUUUUGCCUACAUUGCUCAGAGCCAGCAGAAUGAAACCUUGGAAUGCCAUGCAUUUCUCUGCGCAAAACGAAAAAUGGCCCAAGCUGUUACAUUAACGGUAGCUCAAGCUUUUAAGGUGGCUUUUGAGUUUUGGCAAGUAUCUCGGGAUAAUAAGGAAAAACGAGAAAAGUCAGGCUCUGACGGUUGUGAAGCGGCAAGUAGCUCUCAGUCAGAAAGUUCUGCAACUUUGACAUGCAUUAAAGGAAGUGCUGCAAGUAAUCUUUUGGAACUAGAUGAAGCGAACAAAGCUUUGGAUAUAUUGAAUGCCAGAGACAAUCACUUUGAAGUUCUGUUUCAACAAGAUGCUGCUAGUGAAAACAACAACAUUGUAUGGGAACUAGAUGAUGGGCUAGAUGAGGCUUUCUCAAGACUGGCGGAGUCUCGUACUAAUCCUCAGGUUCUUGAUAUUGGGCUGACGGCAAAUGAUCUUCAAAGUGAAGACUGCUUGUCUCCUUGCAACUGGGACCGAACGGAGCUGAGUCCAGCAGAUGGAGAUGAACUGUUUAUGUUCUGACGUUUGUAAAGCACUCUGACAGUUUUCAGUGCAAUAGUCCCAAAAAAGAUCUUAUCACACUUCACUGAAAAUGAAAUGCAGUCAAGUGGGACCCCUAAAACCAAAGUUUUAACAUGUACUUUAGAUAUUUUUGUCAUACAAGAAGAGAAAAUGUCCGCAAAUAUUUUAUUACCAGCGUGCUACAGCUUGCUUAUUCUGGAGCAACUUCAGAACAUUUCAUUCAAAAAAUACCCAAAGUGUUUUUCCUCUUAGAAAUGUUCUUCAGUUUUUGUUACAAAAUUGUGUUAUCAGUAUUUUUCCAAUAUAGCUGUUGCAGCACACCAUGGUGGAUUUAGAACACUGCUUACUCCAGUUUUUUCUAUACUGGGAAAUAUAUGCAUCACCGUUUUUGGUAUUUAUUGUAUUCAGUCCUGUGUGGUAACCAUUAUGGCAGCAAGUCUGAAUAUGGCUUUCUACAGACUGUGUUUUUCACAGCAUGCUAACUUAUUUGUUCUCAAUCUCACACCUUCCCUGGCAAAGUGUCAGAAUCCUGAUAGUGGAGUAUAAAAACCACCCCCCCCCCCCUUCCUUGAUGGAAGAAUAUUCCUGUUUACUGGAUAUCUGGCCAGUUAUCAUCCAGGUCCCUAACUGAGCUGUUGUAUGUACUGGCCUUUAUAUUGGCUAAAGCCUCAAUUCAUUUAUCAAGUUCAUUGAAAUGUGAGGCCUCAAGGUAUCUCGCUUCCAUUUCUUGUAUAUAUGGUCAGUCUCGGUAUAUUUCAGUGUUUUGACACUUACAAUUUCGCACUUAACUUGGCUCUGCACUUUCAUUUUUACUGAAAGGUUAAAAUACCCUUUUUGUGUCCCUGUUGCCUAUUGUGGGCUAGUGUGAGACGGCUCCAUUUAAUUUUUCUCUAAAAUAUUCAUGAUUGCAUGGAAGGCGUGGAGAGACUGUCAACCAUGAAUGGGCGAUUCCUAUAUUGUAUCAUUUAUACAAGUAAAUACUACACGGUUAUAUUUAAUAACCGUACACAAAAUCCCAUCGGUAACUCGGAGCACCUAACUAGAUAUCCUUUAUCUGUGUGGGGUGUUAAAUGGACAGCAACUGAUUUCUAAUUGGUUGCUAGCAGUCACUGUACAAAGCUGCUUGUGUACAGAACUAUAGUGCUUAACUGUGAUGGCAGUAGUGAUUGGCCCAAAAACUCAACUACUUUUUUUUACGUAACUGGAACUACCCACCAAAACACUUGGGAAAUUUCUUAAAUGGUGGAGGGUUUUGAUCAUAUUUUUAACCACUACUGUCUUAAAAAGGCUCACACAUUUUACACUUAUUUAUUAUUUUUUAAAUGUCGGGUAACCUUGGUGGUUUCCAGUAUGGCGACUGACUGGUAUGCAAUAUGUUACGGUUUACAAGGUCGAAUUGCUUCUCAUUAUGCUUAAAACAUUUAAUACAAAUCCUUAAAUGCAGAUGACAGUUGAUGGAGUUUUUUUUUUUUUUUUGUCUUUUUAUUUUGUUGAAAUGAGCGAUUUAUAAUGUAAAAGUAUAUGCAGUAUUUUGAAAAUGUGCUUUGUAUUGCUUUUUUUUUUUUUUUUUUUUUGUAUGCGUUGUAAUAUUUUAUUAAUACCUAUACUAUAGACAAUCAUCUUGUUUGAAUGGUCCGCUCUGGAGAAAAGUGGAAAAAUGUAAUGUUAUUGCAUUUUAUAAUUUCAUAAAGCUCUUGAUCUGGCCCUGCAAAAAACUGUGUGGGGGGCUCUUCAUCUAAAUCUCCACUUUUUAUAGGCUGCAUUGUCCUUGUUCCAUAAUAUGCCAAAUAUGUGCUUUUUUCGGCCUCUGAAUGCAACCCAUUCCAUAGAGAUGCUAGAAACCUUACUGGCAGCUAGAACUGGCAAAAUCAAAUGAUUUUAUAAAAUUAUGUGGUGAUCAGUUAUGAAUUCUAUUUCUUCAGAUAAUUUUAGUUGCACAAUAUGUUGAUGGAACUAGGAAAGGCCUAAUUGUAGCAUUUGCAUAUUCCCCCUCCACACCCUUAAGGUCAGUGGUCUGUCUGCAUUUCACUAUAGCAAUUUUUGGAGCCAGAUAACCAAUCCUGUGUAAAACAAUUUUUUUUUUAUAUAAUAUAAAAAAAUGAUGUGUACAGACCUAUCUAGCAAUGACAUGUUCUACAAGUUGUAUCCCAAAUGAUAUUGCUAAUAAAUAUUGUAGCAAUCGAUAUUGCUGCAACGAGUGAAAAAACAAUUGUAUAGCCUGCUUCUGCCAAACAACUUUAUUGAAAUGGUGUGCCUUUUGUGGGUUUAGAUGCAUAAAGCUUUACUGGUUAAUGCAGUGUACAUGAAAAAUAUUUUAAUAGCGUUAUCUUCAGAUGCACUGUAAAUGCUUUCCAAACCAAAAUUAAAACUUUGGUUUAAUGCACAUUAA